AUGUCUUCGUCGCUUCUUCUCUCAAGCACUGUAGUUUCUUCUCGGUUGUUCUCCCCGGCAAAGCUCCGUCUUGACGGGAAUUAUAAGAACUCCUACCUAACGUUUCGAAAUGUUUCGAGAAGCUUCAAAAGCCCUAGAUGUGCCGUUGAUUCUCCUUAUGAAGGCAACAUUGCCACAUUCCCACGAACAAGAGUUUGGGAUCCUUACAAGCGUUUAGGAAUCAGUCAAUAUGCUUCCGAGGAAGAAAUCUGGGCAUCUCGUAACUUUCUGUUGCAGCAGUAUUCUGGACACGAGAGAAGCGAAGAGUCGAUAGAAACCGCCUUUGAGAAACUGCUCACGUCGAGCUUUGUGAGAAGGAAGAAGACUAAAAUCAAUCUAAAGACGCGGCUGAAGAAGAAAGUCGAGGAAUCUCCUCCUUGGCUCAAAACUCUCCUUAGCUUUGUGGAAAUGCCUCCAAUGGACAUUGUAUUGAAGAGACUGUUCCUCUUUGCGUUCAUGGGCGGUUGGAGUAUCAUGAACUCAGCUGAAGGUGGCCCUGCAUUUCAGGUAGCGCUAUCUUUGGCUGCAUCUAUAUAUUUCUUAAACGACAAGACAAAGAGCUUGGGAAGAUCUUGCAUAAUCGGAAUUGGAGCACUAGCGACCGGGUGGAUCUGCGGGUCGAUAUUCAUCCCCAUGAUUCCUUCUUUGCUUAUUCACCCGACAUGGACGCUUGAGCUCCUAACAUCAAUGUUCGCUUAUGGGUUUUUGUUUGCUGCUUGUACUUUCCUCAAGUAA